AUGCCAUUUGGUUGUCUGACACUUGGGGAGAAGAAGGAUUACAACAAUCCCUCAGAGGUGAACGACAAAUAUGACCUCGGACAAAUUGUUAAAUCGGAGGAGUUUUGUGAGAUUUUCCGGGCCAAGGAUAGGAACACCUUGAAGAUGUUCACCUGUAAAAAGUUCCACAAGAAGGACGGAAGGAAAGUGAGGAAGGCGGCCAAGAAUGAGAUAAUGAUCUUGAAGAUGGUAAAACAUCACAACAUCCUCCAGCUGGUUGACACGUUUGAAACUAAGAAGGAGUACUUCCUUUUUCUGGAACUCGCCACGGGCAGAGAGGUCUUUGACUGGAUCUUAGAUCAAGGCUACUACUCAGAGAGGGACACCAGCAAUGUUAUGAGGCAGGUGUUGGAAGCUGUAGCUUACCUGCACUCUCAGAAAAUUGUCCACAGAAAUCUGAAGUUGGAGAACCUGGUGUACUUUAAUCGUUUGAAGCACUCCAAAAUCGUGAUCAGUGACUUUCAGUUGGCAAAACUGGAAAAUGGACUCAUCAAGGACCCGUGUGGGACUCCGGAAUAUCUUGCUCCUGAGGUGGUUGGGAGGCAGAGGUACGGGAGACCUGUGGACUGUUGGGCCAUCGGUGUCAUCAUGUACAUUCUUUUGUCUGGAAACCCUCCUUUCUAUGACGACGCUGAAGAAGACGACUCUGACAACCGCGAUAAGAACCUUUUCAUAAAGAUUUUGUCCGGGGACUAUGAAUUUGAUUCCCCUUACUGGGAUGACAUCUCAGAUUCUGCCAAGACCUUAGUGGCAUCCUUGAUGGAAGUGGACCAAGAUCAGCGAUUGACUGCACAGGAAGCUAUUGCCCAUGAAUGGAUUUCUGGAAACGCUGCCUCCGAUAAGAACAUUAAGGACGGUGUUUGUGCACAAAUAGAAAAGAACUUUGCUAAAGCCAAGUGGAAGAAAGCUGUCAGAGUGACCACCCUCAUGAAGAGGCUCCGGGCUUCUGAGCAGGGGGAAUCUGGGGCCUCUGGUCUCACCGAGGGGGCUGCAGCUGACCCCAACGCCCCCAGCGGCGCUGCUCCAGCUCUUCCGCUGGGCAACAGGUUAAAGGCCGCCCUCAUCGAAAAGGCUCCCGACACACAAACUGCCACCAUCACCCAGCCCAGUGCAGCCAGACCGGACGAGCAGAUGCGGUGCAACGGCGACGUCCCUCAAAUGUUGCCACAGAAGAAGGCAGAUUAG